UUUUGUUUAUUGUCCACAUAUCUCUCUCUCUCUCUCUCUCAACUCCAUCUUCAACUUGCUAAGGGUAUGUGCUUGCCCCACUCCACACUACUCCGUUAAACGUGUUCAAGUUCAACUGAAACCUUUCCUGAAUUGGAUUUGGUUAGAAUGGGAAAAACAAAUGGGUCUAUGUUUUUUAGGCCGUAAAGCUUGGAAGAGAGAAAAAAUUUUGGGCGCUUCAAAUUUUAUAAUGCCAGUUCCUCUUGCUCCGUAUCCAACUCCACCGGCUCCUCCAUAUACCCCAUCUGCAAAUGGUUUCCAAAGUCAGCUUGUGUGUUCCGGAUGUCGAAACCUUUUGAUGUAUCCGGUGGGAGCAACGUCUGUAUGUUGCGCCGUCUGCAGUGCAGUAACAGCUGUGCCUCCACCAGGCACUGAAAUGGCCCAGUUGGUUUGUGGAGGCUGCCACACAUUACUAAUGUACAUCCGGGGAGCCACAAGCGUGCAAUGUUCUUGUUGCCAUACAGUCAACCUUGCCUUAGAAGCGAAUCAAGUGGCACAUGUCAAUUGUGGGAACUGCAGGAUGUUACUGAUGUAUCAAUACGGAGCACGAUCUGUGAAAUGUGCAGUUUGCAAUUUUGUCACACCAGUUGGGGCAUCAACGAGCACGACAGAACAGAAGUACAAUGCGUGAAUGGGUUUAUUUACAGAGUGGGAUACUACUCUGGUUUUCUAUUGAAUCUAUGAAUGUUGGUAGAGAAAGAAAAUGGCCUCUACUAACUCCCAUGUAUAUAUUUUUCUCUCUUCUUUUUUCAUUUUUCACUGCGUGAUCUUCUCCUCCAUGAAUCUAUUAUGAGAAAAUAUAUUUCGAGAAGGCUUUUUGAGUUGUAAGCAUGUUCGACAAUGUUGAGAUGAAAUUUGCUUUUAGUUUU